UGACAGCAACAGCAGAACCAUGUUCUCUCUCAGUGUCCUCCUGCUCACCGUGGUGCUUCUGAACUCCAGAUUGCUGAUAUCUGCAGAGACUGUAGUUACAUGUGAUGGGUUUGUCCAGCGUCUCAGUUGUGAUACUGGGGUGAUCAGUGUACAAUCAGCAACCUGUGGCCGCACAAGCAGCCAAAUUUGCAGCAUUGGACGACCACCAUCUGAGACAUCUUAUACUCAGUGUUCAAUAGAUGUCACUGCGGUCUUCAAACGGUGUAAUGGACUGAGAGAGUGCGAGUUAAACACUCAAGGACUGGCACCAAAAGAUCCAUGUUUUGGCACCUACAAGUACUACACUACCAACUACAUUUGCAUCCCAGCAGAAACAAGUGUGACUUGUCACGGUGGAUACAGUUAUUUGAAAUGUGAAAAUGGUAAGAUUCAGAUAAAUACUGCAAACUAUGGACGUACAGAUAAAAUCAUCUGCUCUGAAGGACGUCCAUCCGAACAGCUCCAAAACACCAACUGCUAUUCACCCAAUGCACUGGCGCCUGUGUCCAAAAGCUGCAAUGGUCUGGAAAGUUGUGAGGUGUUUGCGACACAUACAGUCUUUACUGAUCCCUGCUUUGGCAUAUACAAGUACCUCGCAAUCUCUUACUUUUGCCUCCCACCUGGAGUUCGUUCAAGUAUAGUCUGUGAACAUGAGACGAGUGCCCUGAACUGUGAUGAUGGGACUGUCAUACGCAUUCACAGUGCUAACUAUGGCCGAACUGACAGCAGCACGUGCUGUACUGGACGACCUGCUUCUCAGCUUGCCAAAACUGACUGCUACGCCUUAAAUUCACAGACAGUAGUCACUAGUGGAUGUGAAGGGAAAAACAGCUGCUCCAUAUUGGCCUCCAACAGUGUCUUCUCGGAUCCAUGUGUCGGUACAUUCAAGUACCUGUACAUCUCAUACUCCUGCGUGUCUAAGUGUAAGUGUGACUGUACAGAGCAAUGAUACUGCAUAUGUGUGCUAGUUUUCUAAUGUGUUGAUUAGUUUUGGUUUGGUUUUGCUCAUGAACAUACGGUGGCCGAGAAGUGCAGAACA